AUGUUGACAUGGAACACGCAGCUACGGAAUCUACCCGACGGAAGUGCAUUUCUAAAGCUACAGGAACCCAACAUGCAUAUCUACAUGUCAGACGAGAUAGUUCAGCGCGCAAUGGAUAACGGACUUUAUGCCUUAAUAGGGGAUGGCGUACAUCAACUCAAUCCGCGUAAUAAACGCGGAUCUCAUGUGCGUGUCGAAAAGGGCCAAGUCUACACUAUUCACGGCGUCUGUAGAGGUGGGAUAGAAGUCCCGAUCAUGUUCGUCAUCACCCGACACAAAAGGGAGGAAGAUUACAUCGUUAUCUUCGAGAAUCUGAAAGAAGCGCUUCUGCGAGCCGACACGAAUGCUGGGGAACUUGCACAAUUUAGACUCAUUGUGGAUUUUGAGAUGGCCGCGAUCAAUGCGGCCCGUAGGGUUUUCCCCCGAUUUUCUAUUCAAGGCUGUUCCUGGCAUCUAUCUCAAGCAUGGGCUAGGAAACGCAACAGCCUGGGCUUACUGCAAUUCUUGAAAGGGGAUAAUCGCAAUCGCGGGGUAAUCCGAUGGUGGCGGACCUUGAAGGGUCUACCUUUCCUCCCGAGAAAUUGCUUCUAUCUAGUAAAUGCCCUGCGCACACCACCGGUAGACGAGACUCAUCCCGCUUUUCGAGCUUGCCUGAACUUCCUCACCUACUUGCACGAAACAUGGCUUACGGGACCAUUUUCGUCCAUGUGGUGCAAAUACAUGGUGCACGAGGAAAGGACCACCAAUGCGGCAGAGAAUUAUCACGGAAGGUUACGGAAGAUUCUCAUGAAGAAGCACCCACCGUUAGCAUCCCUAUUGCUUGUGUUCAGAAGCUUCACUUCAGUUGCAAAAGCAAAGCUUGCCAGGAUGGAAAGGUACCCUCGCGAAGGGAGAACAUUGAGGAAGCGCGAUAGAAUUCGCCGUGAAAAAGUGGAUCGCGCUAUGAACACUUUUGAGGAACUUCGAGCCAGCCCUUAUCUAACUACCGUCCAAGUUGGGCAUUAUCUGAGAAAGAUGUCGAAAUACACAUCAGACAAAGCCAUCUGA